CCCCGUCCCGGCUCCCAGGCGCUCCCGCGUUCGGUGACGGCCGGGUAGGCUGUAGGCAGCGCGAUGCCAAGAGAGAGCUGCUGGCGGGGGCGGGCCAAUCUCCCUACACCAUGAGCCUCGGGUCCGGCCCCGUUUGGGGCCGAUAAGCACAGCGCAGGCCGCCCUCCAUUUGCCCCGGGGCCUCGGCUGCGAAGGUAGCGGCGGCCGGACAGGAAGCCCGAGGAAAGCGCAGGGCCGCGUCUCUACGAACACGUGAAGGAAAAGCAGCUCCGUCCACAGCACCGCUUCGGGGCUCCUAGGGAGUCGGGCCCCGGGCCGCCACCGUCACCUCGGCCGCUGCCGCUGUCGCCAUCGCCUUGUUUCCCCAUCCCCCGCCAUGGCCGAGGACCUCUCCGCGGCCACGUCCUACACCGAAGAUGAUUUCUACUGCCCCGUCUGUCAGGAGGUGCUCAAAACGCCCGUGCGGACUGCGGCCUGUCAGCACGUCUUCUGUAGAAAAUGUUUCCUGACUGCAAUGAGGGAAAGCGGAGCACAUUGUCCCCUGUGUCGUGGAAAUGUGACUAGAAGAGAGAGAGCAUGUCCUGAACGGGCCUUAGACCUUGAAAAUAUAAUGCGGAAGUUUUCUGGUAGCUGCAGAUGCUGUGCAAAACAGAUUAAAUUCUAUCGCAUGAGACAUCAUUACAAAUCUUGUAAGAAGUAUCAGGAUGAAUAUGGUGUUUCUUCUAUCAUUCCAAACUUUCAGAUCUCUCAAGAUUCAGUAGGGAACAGCAAUAGGAGUGAAACAUCCACAUCUGAUAACACAGAAACUUACCAAGAGAAUACAAGUUCUUCUGGUCAUCCUACUUUUAAGUGUCCCCUGUGUCAAGAAUCAAAUUUUACCAGACAGCGUUUACUGGAUCACUGUAACAGUAAUCACCUAUUUCAGAUAGUUCCUGUGACAUGUCCUAUUUGUGUGUCUCUUCCUUGGGGAGAUCCUAGCCAGAUUACCAGAAAUUUUGUUAAUCAUCUAAAUCAGAGACAUCAGUUUGAUUAUGGAGAAUUUGUGAAUCUUCAGCUAGAUGAAGAAACCCAAUAUCAAACUGCUGUUGAAGAAUCUUUUCAAGUAAACAUCUGAAGGCUGUAGACAUCUCUGCAUCUUUGUACCUGCAAGUGCCAUCUUUAAGGGGGAAACUACAUGAAGUCACCGUUUCAGUAACUUGAUGUGUAUAUUAAUAAAAGUAAUUCAGUCAUUUUAGUUUUUUAUUGAAAAUAAAGUUGGGGCUUCUAAAAACUUCAUCCUCUUGAUAAGUUAAAAAAUGAAAGUUAUGACAUGAGCUUUAAAAGCAUAAAAAAGAUGUUUCACUAAUGGUAAAAGAGAAUCCCUGUUGUACUUUAUCUUUUUGUAAUAUUAAAUAUUCUUGAAUUUUUCAUUAUUAUGUUGCUUUUGGAAUUUGGUGCAUUCCUCCCAUUUACUUUAUUAUUGUACACAUUUAACACACAGUAUCAAAUUUUGAACGAUGUGAUUGAUAUAACCUAACAAAUCUGAGCCAGUUAUUAGAGUUGCAGAAUAGAAACUUGAAGUGCUAAAUGGAAUAAUCCAAAGGAAAUUUUUAAAAUGCAGAUUCUAGCUGAAAAAUUCAACUAUAAGAAAAUUGUAUUUAUAUAACAUUUGCUAUUUUUGAAGACUAGUGAGAUUUCUGUAAUAAUUUUAGUUCUUUAAAAAGUGAAAGCUUGUUGUAAAGAUACUUUCUUUUUGUUAUUAGAAGGAAAUACAAAGAGAAAAAUUUAUUUCUUUCAUGGGCAUUUGGUAAUUUCAGUCUUUGACUGAUUUGUAAGCCUGGCAUAUACUAAGCUGAAUAACAGCUCUUUGGCCUCAGAAUUUUCAGUAGCCAGUAUUUCUGAUUAACUAAGUUGAAACUCUUAUUAGAAACUUUCAGUUGGUGAUACUGUAUUCUAGAAGAUGUAAAUGAGAGAUUUGACUUCAUCUCAGUUUAGAAAUUUAUUCAAAGCUAAAGAUGUAUAUGUAUAUAUACAUACACUUUUGUGUGUAUAUAUACACACACAUAUGUAUGUAUGCAGUUUGUCAGGUUAUAUAUAGAAUUUCUAUUAAGGAUUUUUUAAAUGGACAAGCAAUAGGGGGUUGAAGUGUUUAUCUGAUUUGUUAAAAUUUUGUAUAUCACCAAAUUAAAAACUGAUAGUCACAGUGCUAAGUGAUCUAGUUGGCUGCUAUUACACCUUAAAAAUUGAGUUUACACACACACACAAUUAACUGUGUAUAUGGUGCUCAUUUGUUAUUCUCAAAUAUAAUGUGUGACCGUGAUACAAUGAGAAAGAUUCUACCAACCACUGUUUCACUACUUUUUAGUCAAAAUUGGGUUUGUUCUUAGUAUUCAUUAGUGAAAAUCAUAAAGUAUUUUGUAGAAGGCCCAAAUCACAGAAUAAAGGACUAAGAAUGGGUUCGCUGACAUUCCAUACUAAUAUACAUUGUUUAUGCUUUCUUUAAAAUAACUAAAAGAACAUAAAAGAGAAUCUCAGAAGUAGUUUGCUGCUAAUAUAUACAUAUAUUGUAUAAAAAGGUAUAUUUUGGUUUUGUUAAAACCCUUGUUGACUUUUCUACACUGAACGUUUUUUUAACUUGAUUUAAUAAAAAUGUUAAUUUUGGAAGUGGAGUUUUGUAAAAACCUUUUUCAAUCAAACAGUAAAGACUUUAUUUAUGGAUUGUAAUAACCACAAAAAAAGCCAUACAUCUUAAUGAAC